UAAGUGUGGUGACAAAAGCGUGAUGCUUCCUUGAUGUGUAGGAAGUUAAUUCCUUGCUGCCUGGAUCGACUUGUUUAUUUUAACUGGACAACCCAAAAACGGGUCCAACCCUCACUCAACCCUCAAUCAUCAACCUCGAGAUGGCCCUCCCUCCCCAAAUCGGCGAGCGACGCUCAUACGACAGCGCGCCCUGCACCGUGAGAUACGUUGGUGAGGUUGCGGGCACGUCGGGUUCAUGGUUGGGUGUGGAGUGGGAUGACCCCUCGCGGGGUAAACACGACGGACAACACAAGGGCGUCCGCUAUUUUUCAUGUUUAUCCCAGUCUCCAAAUGCCGCCUCCUUCGUCCGCCCCACGCGCGCACCGGAUGCGCCCCAAACCUUCCUCUCAGCGCUGACCUUCAAGUACGCCCGUGGUCCGAGCCAGAACCAAACCCCGGCAAGGCAAAUCAAGUUCUCGGGAAAGGUUGCCGAGGAGGUCGGAUUUGAGAAGAUCAGCCGCCAGCAGGCCCAAUUGGAUGAGUUGCAGUUCGUCAUCCUCGAUGGCGUGCAGGUUGCUCAUGCCACGGACCCGGAGAGGGACGGCCAUCAGUCCAUCCACCAGGUCUGUCCCAAGGUUAGGGAGCUGGACCUGAGCAGGAAUUUGUUUGAGCGGUUUGGGCCCGUCGUGCAGAUUUGUUCAGAGCUCAAACUGUUGCGGAGCCUGAGGGUCAAUGGAAACCGGUUUAGGGAUAUUUUCGACGAUGAAGUCCUAGAAUCCGCCGGGGAUGCCUUUGCUGGGGUUACGGAGCUCGCGCUCGAAGACACUCUCCUCUCGUGGCAGGAGAUAUGCCACAUCGCCUCCAAGUUCCCCUCCCUGACCACCCUCCACGCCGGCUCCAACCAACUCUCAACCCUCACCGCCAUCCCGCCCGCGCCAUUCGCCACCAGCCUCGUCUCCCUCCACCUCGAGCUCAACGACUUCACCUCCCUCUCCUCCCUCGCCCCGCUCGCUACCAUCCCCACCCUCCGCAACCUCCUCCUCAAAGGCAACUACAUCUCCACCAUCAACCCCCCAUCCUCCCCACCACCCAUCUUCGGCCCCAACCUCCACUACCUCGACCUCUCCUACAACUUAAUCGCCUCCUGGACCUUCAUCGACGCCCUCCCCGCCACCAUCCCCGGCCUCACCUCCCUCCGCCUAACGCACAACCCCCUCUACACCGACCCGGACCUCGACGACACCACCACCACCACCACCACCACCACCACCACACCAACCCCCACCUCAAUCCCAACACCCCCCAAACCCAUAUUCCCCCUCACAGAACGCAUCACCCCGCGCCCGACCGCCUCCUCCGCCCGCAAAUCCGAAGAAGCCUACAUGCUGACCCUCGCCCGCCUGCCCGCGCUGCGCACCCUCAACUUCAGCGCCGUGACGCCCGCCGACCGCGCCGACGCCGACAUGUUCUACCUCUCGCGCAUCGCCCGCCAGCUGGCUGCCGUGCCCGAGGGGGGUGACACCAAGGAAGAGGGUGUGGUGCUGGCGCGCCACCGCCGUUGGGCGGAGUUGUGUGAGCUGUAUGGGGAGCCGGUGGUUGUGAGAAGGGGGGAGGUGGUGGAUGCGGGGUUUUUGGAGGCGAGGGUGGUGGGGGUGGAGUUUGUGUUUUGUGGUGGUGGUGGUGGUGGUGAGGGUAAAGAGGUGGUUAGGCGGGUGCAGGUGCCCAAGUCGUUUGAUAUCUAUGCUGUUAAGGGGGUUGUGGGGAGGGUGUUUGGGUUGAGUCCGUUAAGGGUGAGGUUGGUGUGGGAGACGGGCGAGUGGGAUCCGGUGGGUGGGUUUGACGAGGCCGAGGGGGAGGGUGACGAGGAGGAUAGGGAGGCCGAGUGGGAACGGAGGGAGGAGGAGGGGGGCGCUGCUGGGGGUGAGGUGGCGGGGUUGGAGAGGAAGGGUGGGAGGUGGGUGAGGCGUGAGGUUGAGCUCAGGGAUGGGCCGAGGCAGUUUGGGUAUUGUGUCGAUGGGUUGGAAGCAAGGAUUAGGGUUGAGAGACGGUGAUAGGUUGCUCUUGACGAGGUGGUUUGAAUGAGCGCAAUCUCGCCGUGUUUGCUUGGCUCAUGGUGUUGAUUGAUGUCUUUGUCUGGCCAAAGCCGCAGAGUUUGUUGCUUGCGGGC